AUGGGGAAUACUUGUGUUGGUCCUAGCAUAUCAAAAAAUGGUAUUUUUCAAACGGUUGCAGCUGCUAUGUGGCGAUCCCGAGUGCCGGAGAACAAUGGUUCUUCAAAUAAUGGAAAAAGUGUGAAAAAUGAGAUGCCAACCUUUGAUAAAGAACCGGAGUCACCAAUGCCGGUCCAAAGCACGCCACCCAAACAAGUGACGAUUCCAAAGCCGGAAACAAAACCAGAAGAACCGGCCAAAUCGAAGAAGCCUCAUAUGAAGAGAAAUGCCAGUGCGGGGCUUAGGACUGAUUCUGUUUUACAAAGGAAAACGGGGAAUUUGAAGGAGUUCUUUAGUUUGGGGAAGAAACUAGGACAAGGGCAAUUCGGAACAACAUUCCUUUGUGUAGAAAAGGCAACGGGGAAGGAAUGUGCAUGCAAAUCAAUUGCCAAGAGGAAGUUGUUGACUGAUGAUGACGUGGAAGAUGUUAGAAGGGAAAUUCAGAUAAUGCAUCAUCUGGAGGGGCAUCCGAACGUUAUAUCCAUUAAGGGGGCUUAUGAGGAUGCUGUGGCUAUUCAUGUUGUUAUGGAGUUAUGUGCUGGGGGUGAGCUUUUUGAUAGAAUAAUUAAACGUGGGCAUUAUACUGAAAGAAAGGCAGCUGAACUCACUAGGACUAUAGUUGGUGUGGUGGAAGCUUGUCAUUCAUUGGGGGUUAUCCAUCGUGACCUCAAGCCGGAGAAUUUUCUUUUUGUUGAUCAAAAGGAGGAAUCACUUCUCAAAACAAUUGAUUUUGGCUUGUCAACAUUCUUCAAGCCAGGGGAAAGUUUUGCAGACGUGGUGGGUAGUCCAUAUUAUGUUGCACCAGAAGUUCUUCGAAAGCGCUAUGGUCCUGAAGCCGACGUCUGGAGUGCUGGAGUGAUUGUUUACAUUUUACUUAGUGGAGUUCCUCCUUUCUGGGAUGAAACUGAGCAAGGAAUAUUUGAACAAGUACUCCAUGGUGAUCUUGACUUCUCAUCUGAUCCCUGGCCAAGUAUAUCAGAAGGUGCAAAAGAUUUGGUAAGGAGAAUGCUUGUUCGGGAUCCCAGACGCCGUUUAACUGCACAUGAAGUUUUGUGCCAUCCGUGGGUUCAAGUUGAUGGUGUCGCUCCUGAUAGACCUCUUGACUCUGCCGUCUUAAGUCGCAUGAAACAAUUUUCUGCCAUGAACAGACUUAAGAAAAUGGCUCUUAGAGUAAUUGCAGAGACCUUGUCUGAAGAAGAAAUUGCUGGCCUGAAAGAAAUGUUCAAGAUGAUAGAUGCAGAUAACAGUGGCCAAAUCACUUUUGAAGAGCUCAAAGCUGGACUCAAAAGAGUUGGUGCCAAUCUUAAGGAAUCUGAGAUUUAUGAUCUAAUGCAAGCAGCUGAUGUCGAUAACAGUGGAACAAUUGAUUAUGGGGAGUUCAUUGCUGCAACAAUGCAUCUAAAUAAAAUAGAGAGAGAGGAUCAUCUAUUUGCUGCAUUUUCAUACUUUGAUAAAGAUGGAAGUGGCUAUAUUACCCCAGAUGAGCUCCAACAAGCCUGUGAGGAGUUUGGCAUGGAGGAAUUCCGCAUAGAAGAGAUGAUCCGAGAUGUUGACCAAGACAAUGAUGGACGCAUCGAUUAUAAUGAGUUCGUUGCCAUGAUGCAGAAAGGGAAUCCAAUCAUUGGCGCUGGUGAAAAGGGCCUAGAGACAAGUUUCAGCAUAAAUUUUAGAGACGCGUUAAAGCUUUAA